AUGGUCUCGUCUUCUGCAUUUGCCCUGCCCAAUCUCGAGAUCUCUCAAGUGCACCAGCUCUUUGCAAUAGCAUCAUUAGACGACCUCUUUCUUCUCGCCGUCCUCCUACUUGGGGGCGCUGCGUAUCUCAGCAACGGCGUCCUCUGGAACAAACCUGACCCGUACCACUACAAAUGGUUCGAACGGCCUCAAGCCGCAGCCGUCGGCUUGCUGGCGGCAAACACACAAACCCGCGACAUCGCCCUGAGGCUCGAAGAGACUGGCAAGCAAGCCGUCAUAUUUUGGGGCUCACAAUCCGGAACGGCCGAAGGGUUUGCGCACCGCCUGGCCCAUGAUCUCCACCGUCGACUUCAGCUGGAGGCUCUCGUGGCUGACGUAUCCGACUACGACGAAGAUACCAUCGCCAAGAUCCCAGCAUCCAACCCGGCUAUUUUCAUCAUGGCCACGUAUGGAGAGGGUGACCCCAGUGACAACUCGGGGCAUUUUGUCCAAUGGCUCAAAUCCAAUCCCGAAGACGUCUCAUUUGGAACCUUGAAGUUUGCAGCGUUCGGCUGUGGAAACAGCAACUACAAGUAUUACAACGCCGUGGUCGACGCGGUCGUUGCGUCGCUCCAGAGUCUCGGCGCGGCCUUGUUUAUGCCAGUGGGAAAAGCGGACGAAGCGAGAGCCACAACCGAGGAGGAUUUCCUGGAAUGGAAGACCGCCCUUUUUGCGCAGCUUUGUGCGCAGUUUGGACUGUCCGAACGUGAGCCUGAGUAUGAGCCGUCCAUCUCAGUAGUGUUUGAUGACUCCAUCGACAUCAGCGGUGUGUAUGUUGGUGAGCCGUUGGCUCCGAGAGGGAAGAAAUUGUCGCUCAAGACCCCCUCGACACCGACCGUCCUCAUGCCCGUGGUUGCGUCUCGGGAGCUGACCACCCAUGGGUCGGCGCAGUCGCAGGGGCAAAGGCGAAGUUGCCUGCACUUGGAACUCGACUUCGCUGAUCUGCCGGAGAUCAAGUAUAAGACGGGCGACCACUUGGCCGUGCAGCCCGUCAAUCCCAGCAGGGAAGUGAUGCUUCUGUUGAAUGUUCUGGCUCUCUCAGACCAGGCCGAUACUCCUAUCAUGAUCCAGACCAUGGAUUCCACGGCCGACCAGACCAGGCUUCCUUCCCCUACGACCCUGCGCGCUCUGUUCCAGCACUACCUGGAGAUCUGUGGCCCUGUGUCACGAGAGACCGUUCUGUCCCUGGCGAGGUUUGCCCCAACAGACACGGCUAAGUCGUAUCUGGUCAACAUUGCCUCCGAGAAAGCCUCGUACGCCGAAUUCAUUGCCAGAUACCAUGUCACGCUGUCCCGUCUUCUGCAGCACGUCACCGCCGCCGUCGACCCGUCUGUGGACUGGAAAGCACUUCCCUUGUCCUUCGUAAUUGAGAGUCUUCGGCCCAUGAUGCCUCGCUACUAUUCGAUUUCCAGCUCUUCCAUCAUCUCCCCCCGUCGCGCAGCCAUCACCGUUGCUAACAACCCAUCCAUCCUGGCACACGACAGUCAGACAACGAUCCCUGGUCUGGCGAGCACAUACUUGUCUUCCUUUGUGGCGCCACAGGAUGUCCCAGCACAUGAUGUACAGAUCAUCGCAGCUGGUGAUGUGGGAGAUGCGAUGGAAGCCAAAGAUCUGGUCGCGUACCCUCCCAUCAUUUCCUCGUCCUCCAAUUCCACCUCCCGAACGGCCUUGUACGCCAGCAUCCGCCGAUCGACAUUCAAGCUACCUGCAUCGCCAGCGACACCGCUGAUCCUGGUCGCUGCGGGCACGGGGAUUGCUCCAUUCCGCGGGUUCUUGCACGAACGGGCUCGCCUGGCCUCGAUCCAACUUAGCCAAGGGAGACCAAUCGGCCGGAUUCUGCUGUUCUUCGGCUGCCGCCACCCCGACUUGGACCUGUUGUACAAGGACGAACUGGUGGACUUGCAGCAGAACUCGGCGCUCAAGGAGCAUUUGGAGGUGGUGUUUGCCUUUUCACGGUAUGAUGGCGACAAAAGUGCCGUGGACUCAGACACGUCCUUCCCAGCGAGAGAACAGAACCCGAAGACAAAGCGCAUCUACGUGCAAGACAAAAUCACCCAGCGCAGCGCCGACGUGGUAAAACUCCUCCUCGAUGAGGAUGCGGCCUUGUACAUCUGCGGCUCUGCGAGUAUGGCGCGCGAGGUCGGCGUCCAGGUCGGGGAGGCCUUGAGACGGGAAAAGGGCACAGACAUGGACGACACUGCGCUGAGGCGUUGGCGAGAGGACAGGAAGCGUGUCAAGAGAUGGCAGGAGGAUGUGUGGUGA